CCAUCCCUAGUUGGCUGCGCAUCUCCACAAUCCAGCAGGCCCCUCGUUUGAUCGAGCGAAAGCAACCCUGGCAUGCGAUCGCCUGUGACGGCUAAAUGACAACGAGAAUUUGGUAGGUCUAUCAUCGAUCGGGGUAAGUGUCAGAUGAGGAAAACAAAGACUAUAAAGCCAAGAAAGUACACAAAGCCGUGCGGUGUAAAAGUUUUGCUUAAUACUAAAUUAUAUAUAGUUUGAUUUAAAAGUUAUCAAUAUUACUAUUAUUUGAACUUACAUUACUACCUAAUCUAGUGAGUAUAAUUAAAUUUAAUCGAACCUAUAACUAUCCUAAACCUAAAUUAAUAGCUUUUAGGGUACUACUGCUAAAUAGUGCUACUAUCUAACCUAAAAACUAGCCUACAAAGUUGGAAUCGCGCUUGCAGCCAGUACUCUCAAAACAGAUAAAAUAAAACAACUACAGAAAGGGGACUAAACGUGAGUAAAACACUAACAGCUAAAGCUUACACCGAUACCGACCACAUACAUACAAUAAAAUUAAUAUCGAACACACUUAUAGAUAUAGACAAACUACCUUAUAACAAACUAUGUAACCUAUUUACAGGAAAAUUAUAAUAUCUCUACGAACUCCUAAAUUCUGGGUUCUGAUAUUAAAUUUACGGAAGAAAUCCCUGUCCACCUGUUGCCUCUCGCAACAUUUUAUAAUUUUCGUUUACGCAAGCGAAUUGAAUCAUGCACGGCCGUGGUAAUCGUGGUAGUCGGGGUAAAUCGUCCAAGAAUGAUCAGAUCUGUAACCAAGCGUGUACGUGUCAGGACUGCGACAAUCCUGAUACGACGGACAUGGUCCAAUGCGAUGGGUGUGAUAAGUGGAGCCACUUUGCGUGUGUGGGCGUUACUAACGAAGUCGAAAACCAGAGCUGGGUUUGUCACGAGUGCCAAACUGCCAAGGAAACUCAGCUGCAGUCUUCGUCAUCGAAUCAUCGAGAAGGACAUGUCAGCUCUAAGGUUAGUGUCAUCGAAGAACGGACGAGAAGCUCCAAACCAUCUUCUGUGGAUCGAAACAGCCAGCAGGAGCAACGUAACAUGGUGCCAAAGGUGGUAGUAGCACCUGCCAGUGAGGAAGCGCAUUCAGUGAAGACGAAGGAAUCCAUCCAAAGGCCAGCAUCUUCCAAGGUGUCAUCACAAUCACGACUGAAGUUGCAGCUACUGAAGUUGGAGGAGGAACGAGCCUUCGAAGAAGCGCAAGCCGAUAAAUUCCGUGAUUAUCUGAAGGAUAAGUACGAGCUGUUAGAGCAAAUGACAGACCGGACAAGCUCGAACCACAGCGAAUCUAGCAGCCGGGUGAGAAAGUGGGUCGAAGAAAUAAACGACCAGGUGGCUGACGGAAACGUAGCUGGAGGUGCAACAGAACCAUUUAAUCCUGAUGGACACUCCACCGCUCAUCCGAACCCAGCAGGCGGAAACCGUCGGUUAGUUCUUGCAGGACACAAUCGGGUAGAUCACAACAUCAGUGCACCAGAACAUUCUGAACCAUAUGCAGACCAACGUCAAUUGAUCACUAGUCGAUCAGGUCCGAGAAACCCAAACAGUUCUCCGCUGUGUGGUGUCAGAAGUUCUUCCAGGGUAGCCCCCAAUCUCCUCCCCACGGGAAUACAGCAUACGUCUUCCGCUGCUUCGGUUAAUCGAACUCAACGAAAUACUUGGUACAAUACUUGUCCUCCUUCGCAUAGCCAACUCGCUGCUCGACAAGCUGUAUCUAAGGAUCUCCCUCCUUUCUCUGGGAACCCUGAGGAUUGGCCGAUAUUCUUUUCAACGUUUGAGAGAUCCACCGCUAUGUGUGGAUACUCAAACGAGGAAAACAUGAUCCGCUUGCAGAAAUGCCUCAAGGGAAAGGCGUACGAAGCUGUUAAAAGCUGCUUGAUGCACCCAACGAACGUGUCAAGUGUAAUGAACACGUUAAGAGUACUGUAUGGUCAGCCUGAAGCGAUCAUUCAUUCAUUGAUCGUGAAAAUAAACGCAAUUCCAACGAUCAAGGAGGAUAAACUGGAGGCAUUAGUGGAUCUUGCGGUCAAGGUGCAGAACUUUUGUGCAACCGUAGAUGCAUGUGGAUUAGAUGACUAUUUGUAUAAUGUAUCCCUCCUCCACCAGUUAGUAAUCAAGCUACCACCUACCCUGAAGCUGGAAUGGGCCCGAUAUCGCUUACAACUUCCAAGGGUAAACCUAGCAACAUUUGGUGAAUGGAUAUUCUCGCUCGCCGAGGCUGCGAGUGUUUUAACGAUACCAGCCAUAGUACAGCCAAGCUGUCCAACGAAAAUCGCAACCAAUUCGUCAAAGAAGACCAGCACUUUCCUGCACACUCACUCCGAAUGCUAUACAGGGAACUCUCCGAAAUCUUCGAAGGACAAAUCUGACGGUGAUAGCUCUAAAAAGACAACACCAGGCGUCGAUAGCUGCCCCGUAUGUGAUGGAAGAUGCAAGUCUGCAUCGAUCUAUCCCAACACCCUGCAUCGAGCCACCCGGCAACUACAGCACCACCCGCAGCCCCACAAGCUGGACCCAGCGCAGCACAUGGAUGUAACACCCACCAGUCCGCUGCAAAUGCCGUACUGUUCCGCUAUCUUCCCGUUACUCUGUACGGAAACGGUGAAGCUGUCCAAACUUACGCCUUCCUCGACGAGGGCUCAGCUGUGA